GUUAUUAUUAUGAUGGAUUUGUAUAUUAAAUUAUCAGUUUGUGUACCUCGGCUGAUUCCUGGACGAGGAUUUUAUGCACAAAUUAGUUCGGAAAUUAUUAGUGAAUUUCCGGGCGUGACAUUUCUCCACUAGUAGUUAGUAGAGUUGACAUGUGGGUUCAGGGGUAUUUCUUAACAUUUCACACGAUUUUUCUCUCCUCUUCAACUUGAAAUUAUCAUUUUAAUGGGUGUGGUGUCCACUGGCAAAUUACCAUAUUAAUAGAGUGUUUUCCCCCCAAAAAGUCACUUCUCUGUCUCCUACAACUAAAACUACGAAGUCACGAUGUCCCUUUACAAAAUUUGCCUUUCUAUUGUCUUGCUCUCCCUUCACUUUAUCUAUGCUUGUAUGCAUCUAGCAAGAUUUAAAAUAUUUUUUUCUUCAUUAUCCGACCUUAUUGUAUUCAUCGUAAUUAAAUCUUUAUAACAAAAUAUUGCAUGAUUAUAUUCCAAUGAAAGAAAAACAUAUGUUUUAAACGGUUAAAACUCAUUGUUUCAUAUGUGAUACGACAUGUUUCAACAUGUGUUUUCACUAUGUUUCACAAAAUUUUUAAAUGUUUCAACAACUGAUUUUUUUUUAUCAUUAUAACUUAAUGUUUCACUCGGUAGCCACCUUCAAAUUUUUUUAGAAAUCAGGUGACCGAUCUGUAGUUUCGUCAGAAUAAUUUAUAAGCUAAACAACAUAAAUCAUUUUAUGUGAAACAAAUGUCACUAAGUAGAGAAAUAAGAACAUUCUAUGUAUUAAAACAUUAUAUGGAACAAGAAAUUUUGACUAUUGAAAAUGAAUAAGUUAAAUUUUGAAAUUUUGACUAUUGAAAAUGUUUCCUUUGGAAUGAAUUCCUCUACUUCUCCAACAAAUCUUCUCUAUUCCAAAGAAGCCCUUAGGCACAUUAUUAUUCCAUGGGUCAUAUAACAACGUCAGUUUACUUGUGUUCGAAGUUUUUGAUUUUAACUGCACACGUGUCUAAAAGCACGUCUAUUUAAACAGGGCGAUAUAUCAGUUCUCGCAACAUUAAAUUUUAGUGCUAAUUACUGUAGUAAUGAGUUACAUCGUGAACAAAUCCUCGCCGGAGCUCGUCGGCCCGCCGACAACCAAGCCGGUGGCGCCGACCGUCGCUGACGUCAUCAACCUAUCCUCCUUCGACAAAGCCAUUGGUUCCUACCUCUUCACGUCGUUCCACGUCUUCGACAAUGGCAUCGUCGAGCCGGCCAUGACGAUCAAGGGGGCACUGUCCCAAGCUCUGGUCUACUACUACCCCAUCGCCGGCCGACUCGUCAUCACCGGAGCGGCCGACGGCGGCGGCGACCAGCUCUGUGUCUCCUGCACCGGCGAGGGCGUGGCGUUCGUCUCCGCGACGGCGAGCUGCGCUCUCGACGACGUCAAGCUGUUCGACCCGCCGUUCGCGGCGCUGUUGAAGGAGCUCGCCGUGGCGCACCCGGCGGCGGGAGAGGCCGAGGCCGACCCGCUGCUGCUCAUGCAGGUGACGGAGUUCGCCUGCGGCGGGUUCGUCGUCGGCAUGACGUGGAACCACGUCGUCGCCGACGGCAAGGGCAUAGCUCAGUUCCUGCGUGCCGUCGGCGAGCUCGCGCGGGGGCUGCCGCGGCCGUCCGUCCUGCCGGUGAGCUGCGGCGACGACUCCCUCCCGGAGCUCCCGCCGCUGGUCGCCGCCAUGGAGAAGGCGAUGCUGACGCAGGAGAGCAAGCAGUUCGCGUACCUCGACGUCACCAUCCCUUCGAGCGUGAUCGGACGCGUCAAGGCGGCGUUCGACGACGUCGGCGACGUCGCACGCUCCGGCGGCGAGCCGUGCACCGUGUUCGAGGCGGUGGCCGCCGUGCUGUGGCGCAGCCGCACGCGCGCGGUCUUGAUCUCCGGCGACUCCGACGCCGACACGCCCGCGCCGCUCGUCUUCGCGGCCAACGUGCACAAGCACGUCGGCGCCAAGCACGGCUACUACGGCAACUGCGUCACCUCCCAGGUGGUCGCCGCGACGAGCGGCGAGGUGGCGAACGGCGACGCCAACGACGUGGUGAAGCUGAUCCGGCGAGCCAAGGAGCUGAUCCCGGCUCAGUUCGAGAACGGCGGUGUCGCCAUGAACGGGGCGGCGGCGCGCGUGGAGAGGCAGCUGAUGAGCGCGCUGUUCGGGUACAACGCAUUCUACGUGGCGAGCUGGCGGAACAUCGGGUUCGAGGCGGUGGACUUCGGCGGCGGGAGGCCGGCGCGGGUGAUGUGCCAUGUCGGGCCGACGGCGGUGCCGAGCUGCGUGGCGUGCCUGCCUCGCGACAGCGGCGGCGCCAGCGUUCUGCUGCUGUGCGUAAAGGAGGAGCACGUCGACGCGUUCCUCGCAGAGCUGGAAAGUUUCAAAUGAAUAUAUAUACUGUCUUACUGGUUGCUUGGUCGCCUCUGACGAUGAAGAUACUUCUAUAAAAAUAAAUGUAACGUCAAAUGCUAGUACUUUCUCUAGUUUAAUAAUAAUUGUUGUUUUGGAUGGAGAUACAGCCUUAGGCUGUGUUUAGAUUCAAAGUUU